AUGUUCACAUUGCGCUAUAACAACUACACAGAGAAGCUCCGCUGGGCACUUGAGCUAUCGGGGGAGGUGUUCCACGAGGAGAUGCGGAGUGAAACGAUCAAGAUGUUCUCUCGCGGGUUACCGCUGUGGCAGCGACUGCUCAUGCCCACGCUUGGGGUGGGUCUGGUGAACAUGAUGAACGAGCGUCUGCGUCUGGAAGGGGGCAUUAGGAGCAACAUGAAGACCAUCGAGAAAACAUUCGGAAUGGUGGAGCGCUUGCUCUCCGACGGGCGGGCCUACCUAUGCGGCGACAGCAUCAGCGCAGCGGACAUUACUUUCGCAGCUCUGGCGUUCCCUGUCCUUCUUCCUGAAGAGACCGCCGAUGUGUUCGUGGAGUACGAUCCGCGUCUGCUUCCUCGAGGAUAUGUGGAAGUGAUCAAGAGGUGUGGUGCACGGGUUUUCGAACGUCUGGUGAUUUCGCGGCAAGGCCUACUGUAG